AACCGCCUGGAAGAGGCUUCUAGCUGUGCUGCUUCUCCUAUUGAGUUAUCUCCGCCGGGUAGUGUUGCUUCUUCCGAGUCUAUUUCCAAGUUUUCCUCAGAAAAUCAGCUCCAUUUUGAUGAAAAUUCCUGUGAUAUUAUAGAGGAAAUUGAGUACUGGGAUGAGGGUGAUUCGGAUAUUGAUGAAGAUUUCUCAUAUAAUGAACCAGCUACAAUA